GCUCCUUUUCGCUUGGCUUUCUUCAAGUGCUCUUCUCUCUCUACUUACUAUCGUUAAUAUUUAUUUCGUUAUCUCUUUAUCUCUUUAUCUCUUUGUUUAAAUGCUUUUUUCUUUUUAACGCUGACGCAAGACGUAGCUACGGUAUUUUUUCCCUUUCCGGCCCCUUCUAUCGUAGGUUUCACCGCCCUUCCUCUUCCAUCCUCUGCUGUGCAGCCCGUGCAUCUUCGCGUUCGAGCUUCCGCCCUGCGCUUUUCUUUGGCCCAACAGCAACAGCAAAGAAACGAAAGAGAUGGGCGAUGUCAAGGAGUUUGAGGUGGAGCCGUUCGCGGCUCGCCAGGCCAGGUACAAAGCGGCGCUGACCGAAAUCGCCGCCCUCAACCUCGGGCCCAAGAACUUCAUCACCGACGCGGCAACACUACGCAAGUGGUACAGCCGCGACAAGUCGAGCCACGCCCGCGCCGUUCCGGUCGCUGCGGUGCGCCCCGACACGACGGAGAAGGUCGCCACGGUGGUGAAGAUAUGCGCGAAGCACAAGGUGCCCAUGACUCCCCGCGGCGCCGGUACAGGUAUCGAGGGCGGCUGCAUCCCCUACGCGGGAGGCAUCGUCAUCGACACGGAGCUGCUGAAGCGUCUCGAGUUCGACCUCGAGAACGCCUGCGUGUGGGUCGGCGCGGGGGUGCGCAAGGCGGCGCUGAACAAGGCGGCGGCGAAGCACGGCUUUCUCUUCGGCCCCGACCCGUCCUCCGACCCCUUCGUCGGUGGAAUGGUGGCCUGCUCCGGCAGCGGCAUGUGCACGCUGCGCUACGGCACGACGCGUGAAAAUGUGCUGUCGCUGCGCGUCGUGACGCCGGCGGGGGAUGUGUUGCAGACACGGCAGGUGGUGCGCAAGUCCUCUGCCGGGCUGGAGCUGACGCAGCUGUACAUUGGGUCGGAGGGCACGCUCGGCGUUGUGUGCGAGGUCUGCUUCCGCCUCUUCCCGAUUCAGAAGUACAACGCAGGCGCCGUCUGCGUCUUCGACUCGACCACGUCGGCCGUGAAGGCGGUGGUGGCGAUGAAGGAGGGCGACGUGCCGCACACACUACUGCGGUGCGAGAUGAUGAACAAGGAGGGCGUCACCGCCGCCAAUUCUUUCAGCGGAACGCACCUGCCUGAGGCACCGAUGGUGCUGCUCGAGUUUGUGUCCAACGACCGGCGCCGGAGGGACCUCUACAAUGACUUUAAGAAGGUGUCGGCAGUCUUCAAGAAGCAUGGGGCGCGGGAGUUGCGGUACCUGAAGGACGGCAAGGCCCUGGACAGCGCCUGGGAGUCGCGCCGCAACUGCCUCUUCUCUGCGAUGCACUCCGACAAGGCAAAGGGCCUGCAGCACGUCAUCACCACCGAUGUCUGCGUCCCGAUCAGCCGCCUCGCCGAGUGUGUGACGGCGACGGAAGAGGACUUCAAAAAGGAGAAGGUGCCGUGUCUCAUCUGCGCGCACAUCAGCGACGGCAACUUCCACGCGUUGAUUCCGUACAAGAGCGCCGAGGACUUCAAGCGUGGUCGUGCGUUGGAGUCCCGCAUUGUGACGCGCGCUGUGCAGAUGGGUGGCACGGUUUCAGGCGAGCACGGCGUGGGUGUCGGCAAGGUACACCACCUCGUGCAUGAGCACGGCAAGGCCCACAUCGAGGUGCAGGAGCGCAUCAAGAAGGCUCUCGACCCCGACAACAUCAUGAACCCCGGCUGCUUCUACCCAAUUCAGCAGGUCCUCUUCCGCACGGCUCACCUGUAG